AUGGACGAGAUUGGCAGGCCUUCUGUUUGCGGAAAUGCAGAGGAGAGACGGCCGGUUCCCAAAAACUCUAUCCGUGUCGCCACUGCUGGCAUAUAUAGCCAGCCCUCUGCUCGUCGCGACGACGGGGCUUGUCACUUUAGAAAGUCCGACGGGAGUCCCAUACGGAUCCACACUCCCAGUCCACCCCGUCCACCCUCUUCCGCUCUCCAAUCAUCCCCCGACGACCCUCCCACAAUGGCGCACCAUGCCUCAACAGUGUUCAAGUCCCCCGACCCACACCAGCCCAUUGCCGUCCUUCUCCUCAUCGAGAACUCAACGAACAUGGCCGCGGUGUGGCCAGAUCUGCGAGAUCAAUACCUAAGACGCCUGCUCGACAGCAUCGUCGCCGCAAAUCCAGGAGCUCCGGUGGCCGUCACCAUUCUGGAGACCUCGGCAUGUAAUCACGGAUCCCCUCGUUCCAGUCCUCGCCCAUAUCUUGAUACCCACCAAGGAUUAUACACCGUAAACUUCGACCCCUCCCCCGAGAACUGCGUCUCUGCCGGCAAAAUCGAUGCCUGCAUCAACUAUCUCGACACCGCAAAGUACUCUGGCCAAUUGUGCACCGCGCGUCACCUCAUCGUGGCAGCGGCAACAGCCCCCUCCGAUGAUUCGACAGGAAUGCUGAUCCCCGAAAAUUAUUCCCCAUGGUUUUCCCUUUCCAGCAAACUGGCCACUAAAAAUGUCUAUUUCCAUAUUGUUGUGAGUCCCCAACAAGACAUGGGCCCACUAACAAUACUGUUUGAAGAUACUCUCCGAUUACAGAAAAACAUCGAAGACGUACCGCCCUUUGCGGUUGAUCCUUUACGAAUGGUUUGUCGGCUCUCAGCCAGACCGAAUUAUUAUCAGCCCUUUACGGAAUCCGAGAGCUCUGCUUCCUUCUCCCCACAGCGCAUGUCAGGGCCUCCCCGCCGGAAUUCCUACCCUGCGGACAAUUUCUACGCAGAGUCCUUCGAGGACGGCAUCCACGCGGGCGAGAGCGAGUCGCCCAGCCUCGUCACGCAGCUGCAGCAAGUCCACGGGCUCACCAAGAAGAAGGUCUACGGCGUCAAACCGCCCCGACAGCCCUUUGUCCGCGACGAACGAAUCAACGUGAACGUGCGCGACAAGUACCGCUCUAAAGUUCCCCCGGCUCCCUUGACGAUGCCACUCACGCUCUCGGACCAAAUACCCUCGCCGACCGCGGGCGGGCGCACGAUGUCUGCGUCCCGCGCGGACAGGAUGAACCGACUGAGCCAGGGCGGCAGCCCGACGGACCUGCACUCGGCGGCCCCGGCGCGCGCGCGCCAGCUCGGGUGGCCUGCCAAUGCUGCCCGCCGCGGCUCGCGAUUGUCGACACCAGAGCCGGGGGAAGGCGUUCCGAUGUCCUCCUCGCCGGCCAGCACGUCGACGACGUUCACAGACAUGUCGCCGGGUAGCUCGUAUGGCGGCGGGCCGUCGGACAUCUCGAGCCCGGUCACGCCUGGGACGUCGGUCGAGGAGCUCUAUGGGAUGGCACCUGGCGGUGGUGUGCCCAUGGUGGGUGUCUACCAAACUGGAGGGAUGUCAGAUCCUGGCUGGCCCCAGCAGCAGCACUCUCAACACCCACACGGUCCAGUCCACCCCUCGCCAGGAUUCUCGUCGCACCCCCACGUACACCCCCACCACCCUCAGUACCACGGGGGCUACAGCACCGCAACGGCGACGUACUUCCCGCCCAUGCCCCAGCAGUUCUACACGGAGACAAGUCACGUGGUAGGAACCGUCGAGACGGCGCCAUCGCAGAUGUCGACGAUGGUGGGAGGAGGCCAGAGUCAAGGCCAAGGUCAGCAGACAGGGCCCCAGCAUGCGGUGCCGGGCCCAGCAGGAGGGAGACCGGCAGGCGCGGCGGCGAUGCAGAAUGGGGUGAUGCAGGCGGGCGCAUAUCCCGGUUCUGGCGGCCCGUACGCGAGCGUUUCUGUUUCUGGAUCCCCCCCGCCGAUUGUCCCGUCGCAGGCACCGCUAAUGGCGGGCGUGGGUGGUGGUGCGUCGCCCGGGAGCGUGCCGGCGAGUGUGCCGGCCACGGCGAGCACGAGCAUGCCGCCCCCGCCCGACCCGACGCACACACACGGGCACAUUCACAAGUCCUCGCAUUCACACUCGCACUCGCACCCUCACUCGCUCACACACUCCCACGCACACCCGAACGCCCACGCCCAUCCCAACGCACACAACCACGGGACCCCACGCCCGCACGCCCACGCGCACAGUCACAGUCACAAAAGGGCGACCCCAGAGGAGGACGAGGAGCGCUUCACGUUCGGGAAGGACUUUGUCGCGGCGACGGCGGCGCUGUUCGAGGCGGAGGUCCUGCCAGCGUACCCCAACUUCCCUGGCAUGCGCUCGGGGCUGUACGAGGCGCCCCUACCAGACAGCCUACCGGCGAGCGAGGCGGGCGAACUGUAUGCGAGUAGGAGGAAAGUGGUUGAGAUGCAGGGCCAGAUGCCGAGUCAGGCGCAAAUGAACGGGGCUCAGAUGCAGCAACAGCUACAACAACAACAUCAGCAACAGCAAGAGCUACAGCGCCAGCAGGCCAUCACCUCGUACGAACUCGGCCACCCUCACCUUCCACACCCCAACGCAUUCUCCCAUCACCACCAAGCCGCACAGGCACCCCCAAUGUCGAUGUCGAUGUCCGCGCCCAUGUCAAUAGCGCAGCAGCACCCACACCCGUAUCCCCAGGGGUACUCUUCCCCUCCAGGCCACCCCGGGAGCAUGAACGGUAUGAACGCCCGAGCGGCCUCGUUCGCGAGCUACCCAUCGCAGUCCUCUAGCUACCCACCGAAUUAUGGGUCUUCCCUAACCGGGUGGGCGGGGUGA